AUGCCCAGGUCCUCCUCCCUCUUGGUGAUCAGGAUUGAACACAGGCAGCGCAACAUGGAGCUUACCAUGUGUUGGGUUUUUCUGUUUGUAAUUUUGAAAGGUGUUCAAGCAGAGGUGCAGCUGGUGGAGUCCGGGGGAGGCUUGGUGGCACCUGGGGGAUCCCUGAAACUCUCCUGUUUGGUGAGCAGCCUGAGAACCGAGGACACGGCCGUGUAUUACUGUGCAAGAGACACAGAGCCUUCAGAGAGCAUGGAGUCCUUGGUGCUGCUCCUCUGCCUGGUGGCGGCUCCCUGCUGUGUCCUCUCCCAGGUGCAGCUGAAGGAGUCAGGACCUGGCCUGGUGAAGCCUUCAGAGACCCUGUCCCUCACCUGCACAGUCUCUGGAUUCUCUUUCACUGAUUAUGCUGUAACCUGGGUCCGUCAGCCUCCAGGGAAAGGACUGGAGUGGAUCGGUGUGAUAGGGAGUAGUGGAAAUACAGAGUAUAACUCAGCCCUUCAAUCUCGAGUGAGCAUCGGCAGGGACACUUCCAAGAGCCAAGUCUCACUAUCAUUGAGCAGCCUGAGAUCUGAGGACACAGCCGUGUAUUACUGUGCAGGAGACACAGUGAUGGGAAAUCAGUGUGAGCCCAGAUGCAAACCUCCCUGCAGGGGCUCCCAGGACGACAGGGGGCAGGCAGGACACACUGAGCUCUUGUCGGGCCCAGGAACAGGUGCAGGAUCCUGGGUCUGCUUUGCUGUUAGAGUCUGUGGUUUUCUCUUCCUGUCCCCAACUUUGCUCAAGAACUUCUUCAGUGUAGGCUUCUACAGACUUUGGAUUUUUAAAAAAUGUACCUUCUUUCUUAUGAGUACAUGUUUGCAGUAG